ACACCCUCCUCUUACCCCCCCUCAACCUUUAUUCCUACCCUUACGCAUUACGCGCCCUCACACUCUUUACGGUCUAACGACGAGCUUCACUCCUCUCCACAUCUUCCAUCACCGUACUUGACCUGCUCUAGCUCCUGUCCUCAACAUGUUGCGCCCACUCAUCAAAGCCUCGACCGUCCUGGCAGCCAUGACGGUCUCGACUCUCAUCGUAUCAGUCAACGCCAUCGAUAUUCCAUCGCUUCCAGCAAAGACCAAGGACAAUAUGACGGGCUUCAACGAUUGUCAAAGCAGGUACGGUGCCUCGAGUCCUGAUGCUCUCUGCGCCAAUUCUUACAUCAAUUCCAUCAAGGUCUUCUGCCUGUUCGGCCCCGCCAACACGGGACCGACGAUCGGCGACGUCGAGGGCGAAGUAGUUUCGUAUUGCAUCAAGUCUGGCUAUGGAACCAGGCUGAUGCCCCGGGGCACCAUCCAGGGAGCCCAAUUCGUCAAGACCAAAAGCUUCCUCCAAGUAGUCGGUGUUGGGGAUCUCACCAAGAUCAACAUCCUAGCAGGCGAUGACGGCGGCGAAUUGGACCCCCACGGAGCCCUAGAAAUCGGAAACCCAGUCGGUGGCCUCGUGUUCACCCGCUCUUUCGAUGGAACGUGGCGUCACGCCAAGGAGUGGACGCAAUUCGUUUCGGACAAGGAGUUCUGCUUCCGCGCUUGCCACGGUCCUCAAAGAGCUCAAUACUGCGAGCACAUUUACGACCUUGAGGGAUGUGCUUGGAACAUGCCGUCCAUCAAUGGCUACGAAACCGGCAAAUUCGAACAGUGCGAGGGUGAUGAGGGAGAGCUACCUGGAGUGUAUGACGGAGUCAAGUGGCGCCGCGAAUCCGGCAUUAGCACACCCGAUCCUCAUCCAGCACCAGCCGUCUACAAUUGUCGCCGAAAGACGACUCUCGGCUACGGCAAGCCGGCCAAGGCUAUUCCUGGUCAGCCCAGCCAGCGCAGUUUCGGCGACGACGAAAACGACGACGAUCUGUUGCAGGGCCGCGUCUUCUAUGCGCGUGACUAGACGUGCAAUAGCUCUUCAUUCUCGUCCCUCAUGCCAAUCUCGGCUCAUCAACGCUCCCAUUCCAUGCGCGAUGCGAUAAUCACGAAUGUGGCGUUCUGAACAAUCGAACAAUGUUGCUCCUUCGAAAUCGGCUUGAA